AUGAAGCAGGACCUCCCCGUCGUGCUCGAGCACGGCAAGCGCGGCCUGCUCUCCAUCGACGACGGACGGCUCGACCUCCUCCAGCUCUCGAGCGAUGGUAACCGUGAGCCUAAGCUUCCAGGCUGCGCGCCUCUAACCCCCUCAGCGCCGAAACGGCUCAUGUCGUCGCCACUCCGUCUCGUCCUCCUCGCCAAGCUCGGGACGGCGCCUGCGUCUGCGACCUCGGCCUCUGGAGCUGCCGUCAGCAGCUCGGCCUCUGCCAGCUCGGGCGGGGCGGGGGGGAAGACGAGACUCGACCUCCACGCGCUCGUGCAGAAGGGCGCCAAGAGCCAUGCCCUCCACCUGACCAAGAUUCACGUCCUCGUCGAGGCGUCGCAUGCGUCCGACGCCGAGGCUUGGUGCGCCGAGCUCAUGGCCGCGGCCUACCCUGUGACGGCACCUUGUCGUCGUGUCCUGCUCCUCCUCAACCCAGUCGGAGGAAAGGGCAAGGCGAAGCAGCUCGUCGCCAAGGAGGUCGUGCCCGUGCUCGAGGCGGCGGGGUGCAGGGUCGACCUGAAGGAAACGACGCAUAGGAAUCACGCCGAGGAGAUUUGCGCGACCAUUCCGCUGGACUAUGAUGUUAUCGCUACUGCCUCUGGCGACGGUAUUAUUUACGAAGUGCUGAACGGCCUCGGUUCCCGCCCCGAUGCUCGGCGUGCGCUGCGUAUUCCUAUCGCGCCGAUCCCAACAGGUUCCGCCAACGCGUGCAACAUCAACCUCAUGGGAAUCAAGGACACGUUCAACCUGCCCCUCGCGGCUCUGAACGCCAUCAAGGGCCAGCCGAUGACGGUUGACCUCUGCUCGAUCCUUCUUCUGCCGGAAAACAAGCGGCGCCUGUCGUUCCUGUCGCAGGCGACGGGCCUCAUGGUGGACGUGGACAUUGGCACCGAGAACCUGCGGUGGAUGGGCGACGCGCGGUUCAUGUACGGCUUCAUGCGGGGGAUCGCGGCCAACAAGGGCGCCAAGAUGAAGAUGGUGCUCGACAUUGUGGAGAAGGACAAGGCCACGAUGGACAGGGAGGCGCGGGACGACGUGCAGCGCGCCCUUGGCAAGGUGUACGGCGGCGGCACGGAUCCGCUCGACCUCCUCCGCGGUGUGCAGGCCAAGACGCCCAAGCCCGAGCCUGCAGUCAGCGAGGGGCCGAACGGCACGGCCGUCAACGGGAGCAGUAAUGGCGACGCGCAGCCCGCCGGCACAGCAGCCGAGGAGGACGACGGCCCCCUCCCCGCCGCCAAGCCGCUGCAGCCCACCGAGUCCUGGCUCACGAUAGACGCGACACACCACCACGCCCGCGGUAGCAAGGGCUUCACGAACACGUGGGAGUCAGGCCAGGCCGCGCUGUACAUGUACGCGGGCCUGAUGCCGUACGUGGCGCGCGACCUGAACCAGUGGCCCGUGAUCAUCCCCGGCUCCGGCGUUAUGGACGUCGUAGUGCAGCGCGUGGUGGCGCGAACCACGCUGAUCAACGGCAUCGGCGGGGCAGAGGUCGGUAAGCCGUUCUACCAGGACUCGCAGCUGUAUCUCAAAGUUCGGGGUUACACGUGCAAGAAUCUGGACAAGAAGCACCAGCCCCAGUUCACGAUUGACGGCGAGGCGUUUGACUGGGACGAAUUCCAUGUCGAGGUGCUGCCGCGCGCGGGGACUGUCGCGUCGCUCGAUGGCCGGCUGUAUGUGAGCGACUUCUUCAAGACCCCGGCACCGGCCAAGAAGAGCGUCAAUGGAUCAUGA